AGGAUUGUGGGGAUCAUGGGAGUGUUUGUGAGUGGGGCUCCUGGGUGAGACCUAGCCCCCACCCCCACAGAGCUCAAGGGGGUGGGGGGCUGAGGAUAGGAUGGCUCGGGGCGGGGCGGGGGCAGAGGAGGCCUCCCUGCGCUCCAAUGCAUUGUCCUGGCUGGCCUGUGGGCUCCUGGCGCUGCUGGCCAAUGCCUGGAUCAUCCUCAGCAUCUCGGCCAAGCAGCAGAAGCACAAGCCACUGGAGCUGCUGCUCUGCUUCCUAGCGGGCACACACAUACUCAUGGCAGCUGUGCCCCUCACCACCUUUGCUGUGGUGCAGCUGCGUCGUCAGGCUUCCUCCGACUAUGACUGGAACGAGAGUAUCUGCAAGGUCUUCGUGUCCACCUACUACACCCUGGCCCUGGCCACCUGCUUCACGGUCGCCUCCCUCUCCUACCAUCGCAUGUGGAUGGUGCGCUGGCCCGUCAACUACCGCCUCAGCAACGCCAAGAAGCAGGCACUGCAUGCGGUCAUGGGCAUCUGGAUGGUCAGCUUCAUCCUCUCCACACUGCCCUCCAUUGGCUGGCACAACAACGGCGAGCGCUACUAUGCCCGCGGCUGCCAGUUCAUAGUCUCCAAGAUCGGCCUCGGCUUUGGCGUUUGCUUCAGCCUCUUGCUACUUGGGGGAAUUGUCAUGGGUCUGGUCUGUGUGGCCAUCACCUUCUACCAGACACUGUGGGCCCGGCCCAGGAGGGCUCGGCAGGCCCGGAGAGUGGGGGGUGGUGGGGGGACCAAAGCGGGUGGGCCAGGGGCCUUGGGUACCCGGCCAGCUUUUGAGGUGCCAGCCAUUGUGGUGGAGGAUGCCCGAGGGAAGCGGCGGUCCUCGCUGGAUGGCUCGGAGUCUGCCAAGACAUCCCUGCAGGUCACCAACUUGGUCAGCGCCAUCGUCUUUCUCUAUGACUCACUCACAGGGGUGCCCAUCUUGGUGGUGAGCUUCUUCUCCCUCAAGUCGGACUCGGCGCCCCCCUGGAUGGUGCUGGCUGUGCUGUGGUGCUCCAUGGCACAGACGCUGCUGCUGCCCUCCUUCAUCUGGUCCUGCGAGCGCUACCGCGCCGACGUGCGCACAGUGUGGGAGCAAUGCGUGGCCAUCAUGUCUGAGGAGGAUGGAGAUGACGAUGGGGGCUGUGACGACUAUGCAGAGGGCCGAGUUUGCAAAGUUCGCUUUGAUGCUAACGGAGCCACAGGACCAGGGAGCCGGGACCCCGCCCAGGUGAAGCUGCUGCCUGGAAGGCACAUGCUCUUCCCUCCUCUUGAGAGAGUCCACUACUUACAGGUCCCCCUAUCCCGGCGUCUGUCCCAUGAUGAGACAAACAUCUUCUCUACCCCUCGGGAACCAGGCUCCUUCCUGCACAAGUGGUCAUCCUCUGAUGACAUCCGGGUCCUCCCGGCCCAGAGCCGGGCCCUCGGGGGUCCUCCUGAGUACCUGGGACAAAGACACAGGUUGGAGGAUGAGAAGGACGAGGAAGAGGCUGAAGGUGGGGGGCUGGCUAGCCUUCGCCAAUUCUUGGAGAGUGGGGUUCUGGGGUCAGGUGGGGGACCCCCACGGGGUCCUGGCUUCUUCCGGGAGGAGAUCACCACCUUCAUCGAUGAGACACCUCUGCCUUCUCCGACUGCCUCACCAGGGCACUCUCCUCGUCGGCCCCGGCCACUGGGCCUCUCACCCCGCCGACUCUCCCUUGGGUCCCCUGAGAGCAGAGCCGUUGGACUUCCUUUGGGACUAAGCGCAGGGAGACGCUGCUCCCUGACGGGGGGUGAAGAAAGUGCAAGGGCUUGGGGAGGAUCCUGGGGCCCAGGCAACCCCAUCUUUCCCCAGCUGACCCUGUGAGCCCAAGCAGGCCUGCUGAACUCAGAGGAGAAAGCCUGAGUGAGUAACACCUCAUUCUGGCCGAGAGUAGGGCAGCUGCCUCCAGACUCUGGGGAGACG